CGUCCUGACGUCAUGACGCUUCCAGUGUUUGGUUUCCGCGCCGCGCCGAGACGACAUGGAAACAAGCAGCAGUGACACGAAACCGGAGGAGCAGCAGCAGCCAGACGAUGGCAUGGAGGCGGACAGGUCGAUGUCCAGGUCCGACAGCGGGAGUGGAGAUGAUUCUCUGGACGGUUUACCGAAACACGUUCCCCGCUGCCCUUUGACCCCUUCCUUAUCGCCACGGAAACGGACCACGAGCCAAUCAAAGACAGAGCCUCCGCUGCUGAGGACCAAUAAAAGGACCAUCUACACCGCCGGCAGACCGCCGUGGUACAACGUCACCGGGACGACCUUCAAAGAGGCCUUCGUCAUCGGUCUGUGUGGAGGAAGUGCUUCUGGGAAAACCACAGUUGCCAAUAAGAUCAUUGAAGCGCUGGAUGUUCCCUGGGUGGUUCUGCUCUCCAUGGACUCUUUCUACAAGGUGUUGAAUAAAGAGGAGCAGGAGCUCGCAGCCAAAAACGAGUAUAACUUCGACCAUCCUGACGCCUUUGACUUUGAGCUGCUGGUCACCGUCCUCAGAAAGCUGAAGAAAGGAAAAAGCAUCAAAGUCCCGGUUUACGACUUCACGUCUCACUGCAGACGCAAAGAAUGGAAAACCGUGUACGGAGCCAACGUGGUCAUCUUCGAGGGCAUUCUGGCCUUCGCCAACAAGGAGCUGCUGAAGCUUCUGGACAUGAAGGUGUUUGUAGACACAGAUUCGGACAUCCGCCUCAUACGGAGGCUGAAGAGGGACAUUUCACAGCGCGGACGGGACAUCAGCGGCAUCAUCAAACAAUACAAUAAGUUUGUGAAGCCGGCGUUCGAGCAGUACAUCGAACCCACGGUGCAGGUCGCCGACAUCGUGGUGCCGAGAGGCGGAGAGAACUUUGUAGCGUUGGAUUUGAUUGUUCAGCAUGUUCACAGUCAGCUGGAGAAGCGUGAGAUCACUGUGAGAUCGGCUCUGGCUUCGGCUCAUCAGGGGCAACCGUUACCCAAAACCCUCAGCGUGAUGGAGAGCACGCCACAGGUCCGCGGCAUGCACACCAUCAUCAGGAACAAGGAGACGAACCGAGAUGAGUUUAUCUUCUACUCCAAGAGAUUAAUGAGGCUUCUGAUAGAACAUGCCCUCUCCUUCCUGCCUCUCAAGCCGAUAUCUGUGGAGACGCCUCAGGGUGGAACCUAUGAAGGCAAGAGGCUGAGCGGUAAAAGAAUCACGGGUGUUUCCAUCCUGAGAGCGGGCGAGACCAUGGAGCAGGCUCUGAUGGCCGUGUGUAAAGACAUCCGACUGGGAAAAAUCCUCAUCCAGACCAACCACGACACAGGUGAACCAGAGCUUCACUACCUUCGUCUGCCCAAAGACAUCAGUGAAGACUACGUCAUACUGAUGGACAGCACCGUGUCCACCGGAGCCGCUGCUCUGAUGGCCGUCAGAGUUCUGCUGGACCACGACGUAGCGGAGGAUAAGAUCUUCCUGUUGUCCCUGCUAAUGGCGGAGAUGGGUGUCCACUCGGUGGCGUACGCCUUCCCUAAAGUCCGCAUCAUCACCACGGCCGUAGACAAGGAGGUCAACGACCAGUUCCACAUCAUACCAGGCAUCGGUAAUUUCGGCGAUCGUUACUUUGGCACUGACGCUCCUUCAGACUGGUGUGAAAGCGAUGAAGGGAUGGACUUCUGAAGAGAGAGAGAGAGAGACAAUCAGAGAAGUGGAGGGUUGUUACAAAAAGCACUUAUCCAUCUCUCACCGCUCCAUCGCUGUCCUCCUGACCGACGAGGUGACGCUGACGGAGAUUUCCAGUUUAAACCAGACUGGGUUCAGUGGUUUCUUCCAUCCUCCAUUGACAGAGUUACCGUCUCACAUCCAGCCGGGUCCACUCUGGAUGACUUUCCCCCAAAAAAGACAAUUUCAAGUUGUAAUUAUUCCGCUGCAAUGAUGAAAAAGGCUCGACCUGGAUGUUUUCAGUAAUAAUGUGUUUUAAUGUGUCGCUGAAGCUGCGUAGACGAACUGUCAGUUUACUGGAAAAACCUUGAAAAUCUCCUUUCAGGAUUUUUUUUUUUUGCACAGUAAACUUCUUUUUAUCUCAGGCGACUCUGACUGAAAGGGAACAAACAAAGCUCCAUACUUGAACCAGAAGACUGAUGAUGGAGGGGAAACGGUCUCAUAUCGUCAGUUAUUUCUCUGUUACAACUUUUAUUUAUCAGCUUUUUAAAUCUUCUCAUAUUUUACUGCAGUCGGUUACAACGGCAGUGACACAGAGCUCAUUCUGUCAGGUUGUAAACAUCUUUCAUAAGUUGAAAACUCCUUUUAAAGGACGAGUUCACUGUUUUUCAUGUCCGUCUUAUAACAGCAGUCAGGUGUCGACAUGAACACGGCUGUUACAAGAUCAGCUUAUCUAUUUGUGCAAAAAAUGUGUUUAAAUGUUUAUAUUUUAUCUUAUAGCAGAGCAAAACCUGCAGAUGGUGAGACAAAUUAAACAUAAAGUGUCUCAAUAUGGAGUCAAACCACCACCAGCCUCCAGUGAUGAUCAACAUUCCUCUACAAGAUAUUAACGUAUUUAUAUAUACGACCUUUAUUUAAUCUCACUGGGAUCAGGACAGGAGACCUGAGCGCUGCAGACAGGAAGUAAACAAACAGCCUGACAACAAAAAGGAACAUAAACAGCAGCAUCAGAGACCAGAUGAAAGUUUAUAUUAUAUCAUUUUGGUCUCGUGGAGACGAUGGUGGAGAACGUCGUCUCACAGCUGUGUG